AUGAAGGCGGGCGGGCUGCGCGCGCGGGAGCGCUGGCGUGCCGCGGGCGGCGGGAGCGGGAGGGACUCGGCCGAGAGGCGUGGCUCGCGUGGCUGGGCGCAAGCGCAACCUGCGGUAUUUAUCAAGGAAUAUUUGGUUUUUAAGGUUGGCCCCGAGGCAGUCGCCGACUUGUGGAACCGGCGCGCCAAGUGGGUCACCAACCUGGGGGAGUUCUGCAUCCAGGGCCACAGCAUUCCCACGGAGACGAGUCUGUCUCGCAUUCUGAUUCGCAAUUUCGAAGGCGAGGCGGUGGAGGCUUCGCCGCUCAAGGGUCUUAUUCGCAUGGCAGGUCUCUGGGGCCUCAAGGCUCUCUACGAUUCCCUGGAUUGGCUGCGCCACGUGGGCGCGGCAGACGAGCUCGACUUUCCCUCGUCCGUCACAGUCAGGUCAUGGGUGGACGACUCGAAUACGAGGAUAGUUGCACCACGGAAGUUUGCGGUCAAGCAGCUCGUUGGUGUUUUUAAAGUGCUAUCGGAGUCGUGCAUGAAGCUGGGCCUCGCCAUCUCGCCCGCGUCUGUCGCCCCCAGUUCCAGCAAGACGGCGGGCUGUCUGCUCGAGUCCAAGCUGAAGGCUCUCGGCCUCAAGGCCCCGCUCAAGGAGGCGGCCGUGGAUCUUGGCGUUGAUCGAGGGCGCAUUCGAGCGCUGCUGCAGUGGCGGCGUACACUGGGGGAUUUCCUGAAGCGCACCACUUCGCAGAGGUCGCUGACCGCUCAGCUUCAGUUGGACAUGGGGCACAAGGGUCCUGCCAUCACGACGACAAUGGACGUCAUGAACUCGAGGCUCCGCAAGGACGGGGGCAACUCGUCUUCCGGGGCCCUGCAGGUGCCGCUGAGCCAGCUGAUGGCUGCCGCGCCGCCCCGCGGGGCUGGCGGCGGCGGGCUGCACCUGGGGCAGUGCCGCGCCCCGGGCGCGGGCCGCGGGCUCGACCUCGACCGCCUCGCCGCGGCGAUCCCGGAGGAGUGCGACCUCGACGCCAUCACCGACCUGCUGUUCGACAGCUUCCCCGACGAGUUCGUCGGGCCCGGCCUGCUGCCCCGGGCGCUCGGCCCGGUGGCGGCCGCCUGGAACGACGGCCUCGUGUGGUCGCGGGCCCAGGCGUGCUCGCGUCGAGGUCAAACGAUACGACGGAGAGCUCUCUCGCGGUCGGUACUCGUGGGGACCGCGUACUUCAGGAGGGGAGAGAAACAAAAACACACAGAC